AUGGAAAAGUUCUAUAUGUGGUUAUCUCAGAGAAUGCAGGUCGGAAAUUUCAAUAUUACCGCGCGCGAUAACUAUAGUAACAAUCUGAGGUAUCGAACAAACCGUGCAUAUGCUUUAGUCGGAUUCAAUAUUGAAGACUUCGUUCGUCGUGCGAAAACAUCCGUCCGAAUGGCUGAAGAAAAGCAAGAUAAAGAAAUCAAGAAAGUGACCGAGAGGGUAAUCUCUAUAACGAAACGUGGUGAUGUCUUAAAAAACGAAGUAGCCACUGAUAAUAUUCGCAAGGAAACUAACUUCCUCGAAAGCUUGUCGCGAUGGUCAUGGCCGCAGAAGUACGAGCAUCUGACCGGGCAAUUUUUCAGCCAGAUGCUGGCGGAGGAAUGCAGAAAAGCGGGACUUCCGGCGAACACUUUCGAGCGUGACCCGCCGGAAGACGUAGCCGAACAUUCGCCGAUUCCUUUGAAAGCUUCACCAGCCUUCCCUAGGACGACAUCCGCCCAGAUCGGCCAUCGUUCAUCCCGCACGGAAUACAGCUUGGAAUUCAUGGGUCGUCUCUACAUCUCGCCAAAGUGGACGAUCGAUCCUCCCGCGGAUACCCCGGAAUUACGUACGAUGCAACAAAAAUUUAUAUUUCUAGGUUGA